AUGGUGUUUAUUAAAGUGGAGAGUGAAGAUGUGAAGAUUGAAGAAACAUUCAGAGUCAAACAGGAAGAUCUGCAGGAACAAACAGACCCAAUUGAAGAGAAUGAGGGGAGUAAAAAGGAGGAACAUCAUGUCAAAAUUGAGGACAAAACUCAUUUACAUACUGAUAGUAUUUUGAAAAAGAGAGACAAGAAUCGUUUCACCUGCACUCAGUGUGGAAAGAGUUUGGCAAGCAAAAGCAAGCUUAAGAUUCGCAUGAUGAUCCACACAGGAGAGAAACCAUUCACAUGCACCCAGUGUGGGAAGAGUUUCAUCCAAUCAUCAUGCCUUAAUCAACACAUGAUGAUUCACACCGGAGAGAAACCAUUCACAUGUACUCAAUGUGGGAAGAGUUUCAGCCAAUCAUCAUACCUUAAUAAACACAUGAUGGUUCACACAGGAGAGAAACCAUUCACAUGUACUCAGUGUGGGAAGUGUUUCAGCAAAUCUUUCAGCCAAUCAUCAUCCCUUAAUCAACACAUGAUGAUCCACACUGGAGAGAAACCAUUCACAUGCAACCAGUGUGGGAAGAGUUUCAGCCAAUCAUCAUCCCUUAAUAAACACAUGAGGAUUCACACUGGAGAAAAACCAUUCACAUGCACUCAGUGUGGGAAGAGUUUCAGCCAAUUAUCACACCUUAAUAAACACACAAAGAUCCACACUGGUGUGAGAGAGUAUAUGUGCUUGGAGUGUGAGAAGACUUUUAUCACAGCUGCAGAAUUGAAACGGCACAAGAGGAUUCACACUGGAGAAAACCCGUACAAGUGUUUAUAG